AUGCUGUUGCAGUGCAGUCUCAUCAGAAAAUCAGAAACAGCUGCGCAGAAGCGGCUGCGCAGGAACAGCUGCGCAGAAGCGGCUGCGCAGAAGCGGCUGCGCAGAAGCGGCUGCGCAGAAGCGGCUGCGCAGAAGCGGCUGCGCAGAAGCGGCUGCGCAGAAACGGCUGCGCAGAAGCGGCUGCGCAGAAGCGGCUGCGCAGAAGCGGCUGCGCAGAAGCGGCUGCGCACAAGCGGCUGCGCACAAGCGGCUGCGCAGAAGCGGCUGCGCAGAAGCGGCUGCGCAGAAGCGGCUGCGCAGAAGCGGCUGCGCAGAAGCGGCUGCGCAGAAGCGGCUGCGCAGAAGCGGCUGCGCAGAAGCGGCUGCGCAGAAGCGGCUGCGCAGAAGCGGCUGCGCAGAAGCGGCUGCGCAGAAGCGGCUGCGCAGAAGCGCCUGCGCAGAAGCGGCUGCGCAGAAGCGGCUGCGCAGAAGCGGCUGCGCAGAAACGGCUGCGCAGAAACGGCUGCGCAGAAACGGCUGCGCAGAAACGGCUGCGCAGAAACGGCUGCGCAGCAGCGGCUGCGCAGAAGCGGCUGCGCAGAAGCGGCUGCGCAGAAGCGGCUGCGCAGAAGCGGCUGCGCAGAAGCGGCUGCGCAGAAGCGGCUGCGCAGAAACAGCUGCGCAGAUGCAGCUGCGCAGAAACAGCUGCGCAGAAACAGCUGCGCAGAAACAGCUGCGCAGAAGCGGCUGCGCAGAAGCGGCUGCGCAGAAGCGGCUGCGCAGAAGCGGCUGCGCAGAAGCGGCUGCGCAGAUGCAGCUGCGCAGAAACAGCUGCGCAGAAACAGCUGCGCAGAAACAGCUGCGCAGAAACAGCUGCGCAGAAGCGGCUGCGCAGAAGCGGCUGCGCAGAAGCGGCUGCGCAGAAGCGGCUGCGCAGAAGCGGCUGCGCGGAAGCGGCUGCGCGGAAGCGGCUGCGCGGAAGCGGCUGCGCGGAAACGGCUGCGCGGAAACGGCUGCGCGGAAACGGCUGCGCGGAAGCGGCUGCGCGGAAGCGGCUGCGCGGAAGCGGCUGCGCGGAAGCGGCUGCGCGGAAGCGGCUGCGCAGAAGCGGCUGCGCAGAAGCGGCUGCGCAGAAGCGGCUGCGCAGAAGCGGCUGCGCAGAAGCGGCUGCGCAGAAACGGCUGCGCAGAAACGGCUGCGCAGAAACGGCUGCGCAGAAACGGCUGCGCAGAAACGGCUGCGCAGAAACGGCUGCGCAGAAACGGCUGCGCAGAAACGGCUGCGCAGAAGCGGCUGCGCAGAAGCAGCUGCGCAGAAGCAGCUGCGCAGAAGCAGCUGCGCAGAAGCAGCUGCGCAGAAGCAGCUGCGCAGAAGCAGCUGCGCAGAAGCAGCUGCGCAGAAGCAGCUGCGCAGAAACAGCUGCGCAGAAACAGCUGCGCAGGAACAGCUGCGCAGGAACAGCUGCACAGAGACAGCUGCGCAGAAACAGCUGCGCAGAUACAGCUGCGCAGAAACAGCUGCGCAGAAACAGCUGCGCAGAAACAGCUGCGCAGAAACAGCUGCGCAGAAACAGCUGCGCAGAAACAGCUGCGCAGAAACAGAUGCGCAGAAACAGCUGCGCAGAAACAGCUGCACAGAAACAGCUGCGCAGAAACAGCUGCGCAGAAACAGCUGCGCAGAAACAGCUGCGCAGAAACAGCUGCGCAGAAACAUCUGCGCAGAAACAGCUGCGCAGAAACAGAUGCGCAGAAACAGCUGCGCAGAAACAGCUGCGCAGAAACAGCGGCGCAGAAACAGCGGAUCUCUAGACCACGCGCGCGUACGGAGUUCGUCACCCAUGCUGUUGCAGUGAAGUCUCUUCAGAAAAUCAGAAACAGCUGCGCGGAGACGGCUGCGCAGAAGCGGCUGCGCGGAAGCGGCUGCGCGGAAGCGGCUGCCCGGAAGCGGCUGCGCGGAAACGGCUGCGCGGAAACGGCUGCGCGGAAACGGCUGCGCGGAAACGGCUGCGCGGAAACGGCCGCGCGGGAACAGGUGCGGGGGAACAGGUGCGCAGGAACAGCUGCGCAGGAACAGCUGCGCAGGAACAGCUGCGCAGGAACAGCUGCGCAGGAACAGGUGCGCAGGAGCAGGUGCGCAAAAACAGGUGCGCAAAAACAGGUGCGCAGGAAUAGGUGCGCAGGAACAGGUGCGCAGGAACAGCUGCGCAGGAACAGCUGCGCAGGAACAGCUGCGCAGGAACAGCUGCGCAGGAACAGCUGCGCAGGAACAGCUGCGCAGAAACAGCUGCGCAGGAACAGCUGCGCAGGAACAGCUGCGCAGGAACAGCUGCGCAGGAACAGCUGCGCAGAAACAGCUGCGCAGAAACAGCAGCGCAGAAACAGCCGCGCAGAAACAGCCGCGCAGAAACAGCCUCGCAGAAACAGCCGCGCAGAAACAGCCGCGCAGCAACAGCCGCGCAGCAACAGCCGCGCAGGAACAGCCGCGCAGGAACAGCCGCGCAGGAACAGCCGCGCAGGAACAGCCGCGCAGGAACAGCUGCGCAGGAACAGCUGCGCAGAAACAGCUGCGCAGAAACAGCUGCGCAGGAACAGCUGCGCAGGAACAGCUGCGCAGGAUCAGCUGCGCAGAAACAGCUGCGCAGAAACAGCUGCGCAGGAACAGCUGCGCAGGAACAGCUGCGCAGAAACAGCUGCGCAGAAACAGCUGCGCAGAAACAGCUGCGCAGGAACAGCUGCGCAGAAACAGCUGCGCAGAAACAGCUGCGCAGAAACAGCUGCGCAGGAACAGCUGCGCAGAAACAGCUGCGCAGAAACAGCUGCGCAGAAACAGCUGCGCAGAAACAGCUUCGCAGAAACAGCUGCGCAGAAACAGCUGCGCAGAAACAGCUGCGCAGAAACAGCUGUGCAGGAACAGCUGCGCAGAAACAGCUGCGCAGAAACAGCUGCGCAGAAACAGCUGCGCAGGAACAGCUGCGCAGAAACAGCUGCGCAGAAACAGCUGCGCAGGAACAGCUGCGCAGAAACGGCUGCGCAGAAACAGCUGCGCAGAAACAGCUGCGCAGAAACAGCUUCGCAGAAACAGCUGCGCAGGAACAGCUGCGCAGAAACAGCUGCGCAGAAGCAGCUGCGCAGAAACAGCUGCGCAGAAACAGCUGCGCAGAAACAGCUGCGCAGAAACAGCUGCGCAGAAACAGCUGCGCAGGAACAGCUGCGCAGAAACAGCUGCGCAGGAGCUGCUGCGCAGGAACAGCUGUGCAGGAGCAGCUGCGCAGGAACAGCUGCGCAGGAACAGCUGCGCAGGAACAGCUGCGCAGGAACAGCUGCGCAGGAACAGCUGCGCAGGAACAGCUGCGCAGGAACAGGUGCGCAGGAACAGGUGCGCAGGAACAGCUGCGCAGGAACAGCUGCGCAGGAACAGGUGCGCACGAACAGCUGCGCAGGAACAGAUGCGCAGGAACAGGUGCGCAGGAACAGGUGCGCAGGAACAGCUGCGCAGGAACAGGUGCGCAGGAACAGCUGCGCAGGAACAGCUGCGCAGGGACAGCUGCGCAGGAACAGGUGCGCAGGAACAGGUGCGCAGGAACAGCUGCGCAGUAACAGCUGCGCAGAAACAGCUGCGCAGAAACAGCCGCGCAGAAACAGCUGCGCAGAAACAGCUGCGCAGAAACAGCUGCGCAGAAACAGCUGCGCAGAAACAGCUGCGCAGAAACAGCUGCGCAGAAACAGCUGCGCAGAGACAGCUGCGCAGAGACAGCUGCGCAGAGACAGCUGCGCAGAGACAGCUGCGCAGAAACAGCUGCGCAGAAACAGCUGCGCAGAAACAGCUGCGCAGAAACAGCUGCGCAGAAACAGCUGCGCAGAAACAGCUGCGCAGAAACAGCUGCGCAGAAACAGCUGCGCAGAAACAGCGGCGCAGAAACACUCUAUAGCCUCCGGUUACAGGAGCGUACCUCCAUGUUCAAUGUUUUUUGGGCAGUUGAACAUUGAAGUCUCAUCAGAAAAUCAGAAACAGCUGCGCGGAGACGGCUGCGCAGAAGCGGCUGCGCGGAAGCGGCUGCGCGGAAACGGCUGCGCGGAAACGGCUGCGCGGAAACGGCUGCGCGGAAACGGCUGCGCGGGAACGGCUGCGCGGGAACGGCUGCGCGGGAACAGGUGCGCGGGAACAGGUGCGCGGGAACAGGUGCGCGGGAACAGCUGCGCAGGAACAGCUGCGCAGGAACAGGUGCGCAGGAACAGGUGCGCAGGAACAGGUGCGCAGGUACAGGUGCGCAGGAACAGGUUCGCAGGAACAGGUGCGCAGGAACAGCUGCGCAGGAACAGCUGCGCAGGAACAGGUGCGCAGGAACAGCUGCGCAGGAACAGCUGCGUAGGAACAGCUGCGCAGGAACAGCUGCGCAGGAACAGCUGCGCAGAAACAGCUGCGCAGAAACAGCUGCGCAGAAACAGCCGCGCAGAAACAGCCUCGCAGAAACAGCCUCGCAGAAACAGCCGCGCAGAAUCAGCCGCGCAGAAACAGCCGCGCAGGAACAGCCGCGCAGGAACAGCCGCGCAGGAACAGCUGCACAGGAACAGCUGCGCAGGAACAGCUGCGCAGGAACAGCUGCGCAGGAACAGCUGCGCAGGAACAGCUGCGCAGGAACAGCUGCGCAGAAACAGCGGCGCAGAAACAGCGGCGCAGAAACACUCUAUAGCCUCCGGUUACAGGAGCGUACCUCCAUGUUCAAUGUUUUUUGGGCAGUUGAACAUGUAA